AUGUUUUCUACAUUUAUUAUACAACCAUAUUUUGAACAAGAAUUUAGUCUUUCGGAGUUUAUUGAAGCUUCAAAACAUGCUGUUCAGGUGGUGUCAGAAAGUCUACAUAACAGUGACUUUAAAUCUUUAGAAGGUCUAGUUGAAAAGGAUGCAAUAUCCACCCUAAAGACAGCUGUCACACAACUCUCAAUAUCACAGCGUCAGUUACUAAGCAUAGAUAAAGAAGAUAUAUUUUAUGCAUUUCCUUACCAGGCAAGCGUAAUGUUUGAUGAUGCUGACAAAAGAUGGGUAGAGAUUACAAUGUGCUACCAUGUGCUCAGAGGUCUUAAACAUAUGAAAGAAAGUGGUGAUCUACCACCAGUUACUUUAGGAGGCCAACCUGAAUUUGAAGAUAAGAUAUUUAUCCUCAACUAUAGAUUUAUCAGAGAAUUCACAAAAGGAGUUGAAGACACCUGGUGGAUUAAUAUAGUGAAUCAUUUCCAACCGCAAAAUUUAAGGAGAAAUUAA